AUGCCUGGAUAUAGCUCCAACAAUUAUUCUAGUAAAAAUGGUAAACCAUCCACCUUCGAUAUUUGUGCUUUAGAUGAUCACUUACUAUUUGAAGUAUUUUCUCAUUUGCAACAAAAUGAUAGACUAAUUUUAUGUUUAGUGAAUAAAAGAUUUAAAAAACUAGCGAUGCAAUUAAUCUACAGGAGAAUAUAUUUAAAUGAUUCCAAUGUGGUUAGAAGUGAAUAUAUGAACCUAGCAAUUAAUUGGACAUUAUUGUACAUCCCUAAGUGUCUUAGUGAAGAAGAAAGCAGAAGGAUCGCUAAUUUGAAGUUACAAAAGUUAAUAUGGGCGUUUAGUGUAAAUCCAAACGAAACAUUACGUAACGUUGGCUGGAUCAGAAUAAAUUGGGAUUUAGACUCUGUGUUACAAAGAAAAAUUGUAGAAAUGUGUUGCAACGAGAGUCCCAAGUUAUUUCGGCUAGAGAAUGUUACUGAUCCAAAUUGCAAUGAAACGAUUGCGUAUGGGAAAUACUCUAGUAAGAAUGUAACUAGUUUUGAAAUGGCGCCCCCAAACUCCAUGCCUGAAAGAAAAGUUGACCCAAUGUAUAUACCAAACUUUAUUAAAUACAUGAGUAUGAGACUAACCACCCAUAUUAAGAGAUUGACUUUAUUUAUUGAUCCAGUGAUACUUUUCACCAAAUUGUAUCCAUUGAAAGAUAAUAAACUACAAUUGACAGACUUAAAAUUACAUUGGAGGAGGGAGUUCUUUGAUAUCGAUUACCAUUUGCCCAUACCCACCCCUAGAUUAAGCGACUUUUUUGACAGUAGAUCUUUGAGAAUAUUGACCGUUAUAUCUUGGAACGACGUGUUGUUGGAACGAGAGGACCAGAUGUUGAAGGAAAUUAGCGAUUUCCACGAAUUGGAAGAUUUGUCGCUUAUUUCUGUUCAACAGAAAUCCUUUAUACUAUGUGAAUUGUUUAGAGGUAACUUCCCACGUUUAAAAAGAUUGAAGAUGGAUUUUCUAAAUAAUUUUAUGCCUGAUAACACUAGGAUCGAUGUUUUUUUAAGUAUCAUAAAAUAUUGUAAGAAUUUGGAAUUUUUAGAUAUAAAAUUAGAUGGUUACUAUGAUCAACCUAUUAUACAAAGGAACAAUAGCCCAAGUGCAGAUAACAACAGUACCAGAAGCCAUACGAGCAUCAGGUUAAGUUGUAAUUGUCAUUGUGAAUCUUGCACUAAUACAUUAAAAAAUGUUUUGAUGGAUAAAUUACUUUAUAAGGGCCAAGACGAUAUGUAUAUUAAAAGUUUUUUAGAUCUGAAGGCAAAGGAUAUCUUUAGCAUGAUGCGAUAUUUUUCAUUAUUGCCUUAUUCCAAAGCGUGUGACCAAUAUCCGAGUGUACGUACACAGCCUACAAGUUUAAAAGAUUUUGUGGACACGAUAAAUAAAAUAAUUUUAGCAUAUAGAGCAUCGAGGUAUAAUGAAGUUGAGAAUGGCAGUAACAAUAACGACAAUAUAGAAGACGAACUACUGUCAUUGGGACGUAUUUUAUUGACAGAGAAAGAUGUUAUUGGAUGCAUUCAUAUGCUUAUACAUCAUUAUAAACGCACUUAUAAAAUUUUGUUGAAUGCACUACCUCAUUUGAGGUUUUUGGUUUUGAACGAUAUUCCUAGUUGUAUUGUGGAAGAAGAGUACGGUUAUUGUAAAAGAAGAAGAGUUGUGGAGCCUGUUUUUUAUCAUUAUGGUUAUAAAAGUAAUUUAUAUGAUGAGUAA